UGGAGCUGCGAGCUGCCAGCCCUGGCCCAUCAUGUAGGUGCAGCGCAGCCUGCCCUCGCCGUGCAAGCAAGGGGGGGAGGCCGCCCCCCCCGCCCCCAAAGCUGCCCUGCAAAGCGUGCAAUUGCACGGCCCCCCCCCGAGCUGCAAGGAGAGCUGCUGCUGCUGCUGCUGCUGCUGCUGCAGCAGCAGGCGGGCGGGAGAAGUCCGUUCCCCCCCCCCCCCCCCCCCCCCCGUUGCACGAAGAUUUUUUUUAAUUUUUAUUUUUAUUUAUUUAUUUUUAUUUUAUUUUUUUUUUGGCCGCUUGCAGUCCGCAUCUUUGUUGCAAAACUAGCUCCAGAGGAGAGGCAAGGCAAAGUCUUUUGUGCUUCCCCUCCCCCCCAGCAAAGCAAAGGGGAAAAUGUCUCAGGCGAGAGGCAAGAAGAGAAACCCUGGGCUGAAAAUUCCUAAAGAAGCAUUUGAGCAACCACAGACAAGCUCCACGCCACCCAGGGAUCUAGACUCCAAAGCCUGCAUCUCUAUUGGUGAGGAGAACUUUGAGGUGAAAGCCGAUGACCUGGAGCCCAUCUCCGAGCUGGGACGAGGUGCGUACGGGGUGGUGGAGAAGAUGCGGCACAUGCCUAGCGGGCAGAUCAUGGCAGUGAAGCGCAUCCGAGCCACAGUGAACAGCCAGGAGCAGAAGAGGUUACUGAUGGACCUGGAUAUCUCCAUGAGGACGGUAGAUUGCCCCUUCACUGUCACCUUUUACGGGGCACUUUUCCGAGAGGGAGACGUGUGGAUCUGCAUGGAGCUGAUGGAUACCUCACUGGACAAGUUCUACAAACACGUCAUUGACAAAGGCCUGACGAUUCCUGAGGACAUCUUAGGGAAAAUAGCUGUCUCUAUCGUAAAAGCACUAGAACAUCUACACAGUAAGCUCUCCGUCAUCCACAGAGAUGUAAAGCCCUCUAACGUGUUGAUCAAUACACAGGGGCAGGUGAAAAUGUGCGAUUUUGGAAUUAGCGGUUACCUCGUUGACUCGGUUGCUAAAACCAUGGAUGCGGGAUGCAAACCCUACAUGGCUCCUGAAAGAAUUAACCCUGAGCUGAACCAGAAGGGGUACAGCGUCAAAUCUGAUAUCUGGAGCCUGGGGAUCACAAUGAUCGAGCUGGCCAUCCUGCGCUUUCCCUACGACUCCUGGGGGACACCCUUCCAGCAGCUCAAGCAGGUGGUGGAGGAGCCGUCGCCGCAGCUCCCGGCAGACAAGUUUUCGUCGGAGUUCGUCGAUUUUACCUCGCAAUGCUUGAAGAAGAAUUCCAAAGAACGGCCAACAUACCCAGAGCUUAUGCAACAUCCUUUCUUCACCCUGCACGAAUCCAAAGAGACAGACGUCGCCUCUUUUGUCAAACUCAUCCUGGGAGACUGAGAACUGGACUUGUAUAUGAAUUGCCCUUCUGUGGACUGGUGGGUGCAGGGGAGGGGCGCGUGGCAGGACUUGUCAUGAAAGCACCAACAGAAAGUCGCCGUGUUUUGUUUUGUUUUGUUUUUAUUCUGAGAAACCCCCGCCUCGCCGAAGUUUUUAAAAGGGUUCUUUGGUAUCCAUAGUGACAUAGAACGAGCUGGUUAGUGAAAUGAAUUUUAAUAAGGUUGGUAACCUUAAAACAAAAACAAAACAACAAAAAAAAUUUAAAGAGUGAUUUACAUAUUUAAUGACAGUCAAAAUCCCUCUUCCUAACUUUCUCCUUAUUCCCCGUCCCUUCCUCCCGAACCAGAAUUUGCUUUGUCAUGGUAAUAGGUGCUAUGGUAGUCAUGAAGUUGUAUGUAGAUUUAUAUUUUGUCCCUUCCAUUAUUUUAAUAUUUAUGUUAAGUGCUUGAUGGAAUAGAUUUCUGUUUUAUAUGAGGAUGAAUGUGUGGUGACGAUGAUGAUGCUAAAUGAGGCCACAGCAAGCGAUAGUUCUAGGGCUUUGCUGGGGUAAAGGUGUCAAAGGAGAAGAGAAAGACGAGAAGUGUCUGUGUCGUGGAAAAUAUUUAACAUGCAUCUUAAAAAGAAUUUAUAAACAAGGAUCUCAGCUCAGCUACUCGAGCUGCCUUCACGGGGUGCGAGGCAGCGUCACUGUAAGGCAGGGAGGCCCCGGCGUCCCGCGAGGUCUCCUCUCCUCCGGAGACCAUGCUCCGAGCCCGGGCAGCACGGCCUGGCCAGCCUGGUGCCUGCGGUGUUCUGCCAGCCUCCUGCCCGGGGAAAGCCCCUGCCCUGUGUCCCAGCCACUUAUUCUGCUAUAGCAGGCAGGUGAUGAGGUCCGGGGUGGGAAGAUACUGUGGGAGACUGGCUGGGAUCGAAGCCCCAGGGGGAAAAGGCUUGUCCAGUAAGUUGCACAGAGAUCAGGAGGAGGCUGCGGCGGCUGGUCCCCACCUGCCCUUGUGCCCAGCGGCGUUGCAGUGUCUGGGGUCACCUGGGCUGGGGAUGUGCUGCUUUGGGUCUAAAAGGGUGUUCCUCUCUCCUUCUCCAGUUGGGAAAGGCCAACAGUCUGCAUAGCAGGGAUAUCUCGGCGCGAGUUUCCAGGGCUCUCAGCGCUGCCUCGGCAGCAAUCCCUCUGUACUUGCCCGUAGACUUUGGGAGUGCUAGCAAGCUCCCCUGGAGCCUGUGCCGGUGUGCGGUUUGGGCCGUGUCCAGCGCUGGUCGGGAUGCUGAAGGCAGCCGGGAGUGCUGGGCUCCGGCACAGGCUGCAGGUGUCCCCCGUGAGAGCAGCAGCCGGGAAAACCACGCAGGGAAACCACAGCCCACCCGUACCAGGAGCUUGUUGCUGUUGGCCAGGUCCUCGGAGAAAAGCUGCGAGCCAAGGGCAGGAGCACGGGGGCUGUCUGGGUGGUUGGGGAAGACAGCGUAUCACGCUGCUUUUAGGUAAGGCGGUUACUUUCUAGAAGAGGGGGGAACUGUGCGCUGCAAGACAUUGCCGUGAGUCUGGAGCAAGGCCACUUGCUCCAGAUUGAUGCUGGUUUGACUGAGCCAAACCUGCACAGCUGCCUUGCUCGGCUUUGAGGCCUUUGCCUUUGCCUGUGGCUCCUUCCCACAGCCCUGCAAAGGAGAGUGCCUGUAUGUGGCUGAGCUGCAGCGUGCGUGCGUGCCUUGUGCCCCUUUGCGUGCUUCCCUUCCCCACCCAUCACUUCUGCACAGGCUCUUGGAGCCAAAUCCCAACUGGAAGCAUGCCUUGCCCUGCAACAUUUCAGUUGCACGGGGUGUAAUUCAGCCUGGGAUCCUGCCCUUUCUCUCCCAGUUUAGUGGCUUUGGUCUCCGUUGGAGUAGGUUGGGCUUCUGGACUAGCCUGAACACCCACCUGGGAAGCGACCCCUUGGAAAGGCCAACGAGGAGGGCAGUGUUUGGAGCAGGGAUCCCCGAGCGGCAGUACCACUAGCACCAGGGCCAUGCCGACCACUUCAAAGAGGUGCAGACACCGCCAGUGCCUGGGCUGCCGCUGUCACCGCCACGGCCGUGGCUGGUGGUGCCCACAGAGGUGGCUGCGAACCCUAAACCCGUGCUGCUCUGCCCUGGGGCCAGCAUCAAAGAGGACAGGGCUGCAUCGCUCCCGAGGAUUCAUUGAUCCUUGUGCCCCUCCGCUGCGGAGCGGGGUGGAUUGAGGCGGGCUCGCAGGGGUCAAGGUGCAGGAGUUUCCUUGCUGCAAAGAGCUCACGGGUCGUGCAGGCUUUGGGGUGGAGGUUCCCCUUCCUCAGCCGGUGCUUCAUGAGCCUGCCCGAGGCUCAGUAACGAUGAGCUCCGUAUUCCACUUCGUGUCGAGGAGAACCUUUCAGGUCACAUUUCGUUGCGGGUGAAACACAAAAGAUGUUUUACUUCACAGUGUAAUUUUAAAAGGCCUCGCAUGGCUCAUAAUCUGCCCUCUCAUAUUCCAUGGUGUGUGUGUGUGUUUUCUCUCUCUCACUUUCUCAGAGUCACAGAGCUGUUUUGAUUGAUUGUCCUCAGCUGCAGCUGAAAGUCCGGCCAGCCAGUUUAUAGAGUUGGUUCCAGCAUCAAUUCUCGCUUUGAAAAACAUGACAUUUAAAACCACCCUUUGGUUUUCCUACAUAUGGAUCUGAUGCUUUUGUUAAAGAUUGUUUUUGCUGCUUUUCUCCUGGAAUAUAAGUCUCGUUUGGACACCGCAUCUCCUUGACCUCACAGCACCUUUAUUUCAGUGCCAUUGUAAUUGACAGGUUGAAUUUAUGAGAUACUGUCAAAGUUCAGUAUUAAUAGCAGAUAUUAAUGUCACCAGCGUUUUCCAAUAGAAAAUUAAUGUCAGUGUUGUCUGCAGCUAGUAACCCUCUAAAACGAUUCCUGCAUGCCUCAACACUACAUGCUGAGUGCUUUCUUUUAUGCUUUUUGCUCUUGCAGUGCUUGGGCCGUCUAAUCCCUUUGUUUUAAUGACAUUACAAUAGAACAUGCAACAAAUCACUUCACUUCCCUCUUGAUUCUCCAUGACUUUGUUCCUUUAAAAGUCAUUUACGUCAGCCCAGAGCAAGUGUGAAUCCUUAUGACCAGUGUGAGUAAAAGCAGCGAUCCGCGUGAUCACCGCUGCGGAAGGUACUCACGGCAGGAGAGCCACGCGGAGGCUCUGCCUCUGCAUCUCUUGUAGCAUGUGUGGACACAAAGCUUGGCCUGAUCCAGGAUUUUCUUAGAGAGAAGCCUGAGCUGGUGGCCUCAGUGCAGGGAGGAGAGCCAGGGACUCCUGCGUGCUUAAAAGCUGAAAACAUGCUGGGUUGCAAGACAAAAAUCAGGCUCUUUUCUCUUUCCUUUGAUUGUGAGCUCUGUAAAGAUGAAAAGGCUUUGGUCAAUACUCAAAAUCUUGUUAGACUUUAACAUGAGCACAGGUUGGCCUGUGGCAGGCAUGAAUUGUGGGACAUCAAGCCCUUCCUAACCACCAUGCCCCCCGACCAGUCCUGGUGCUGAGCUGAAGCUGUUUUCCAAAAGGCUUUUUUGUUUCCGACAGCACUGUGGGCAGCACGCAGGGUGUUAGAUUGUCCUGAGUCAGGAUAUUUAAAGUGUGAAAGAAGCAGGUCUUAUGCCAUGGACCUGAAACAAACCAAAACACACCAGGGAGCAAAGAGGAGAGGAAAGCUGCCCGGAGCUCAGCACCAAGCCGUGGCCUGGACCAGCAGUGGGAAUUAAUUCCAGCACAGCGAGGCGUUUGCAGAGCAGCGAGGGCCUCUCUGCUCCUCUCUGCUCCUCUCUGCUCCUCUCUGCUCUGCCACAGCAGCAGCUGAGGGGCUGCAGGAGACAUGCACAGCCCAUCCUCAUGGCAGGAAGAGGGAGACCACAGGGGCAUGAUGUUCCGCUUUUUUCCUCUGACACGCAAAUUCCUUACAGCUCCUGAUGUGCCUGGAGCCUCCUGCAUGUUUGAGGCCUUGCCUUGAACUGUGGCAAGCCUGAAAGCUACUUUUUUAGGGACCCUGCUGGUCCCUGAACUUGAUGGAGGUAUCGGAGGGCAUUUGCUGGUUACUGUUUUUAAAUGCCAGGUUCCUGCUGCUGCGGUGGGUAGAAGGCCCAUCCUCUCUGGAGAUUUUCCGGGUGUACAAAACUACACAGAUAUCCACGUACUGUAUUUCUGCAUUUUUCCUGCCGUUUGUUGGGCUUAUUGGCAAGGAAGGAGGCAUCUCUGACUUGUUGCGGAGGUGGGACCAUCAGUUCUGGAGGCAGCUGGCCUCCCCUGUGCAGCGGGGAAGGCAGUUGAUGGGUCAGAAGUGGAUCUUAAAAAAUAAAGUUGAGCUCCCACUUCUUUAGCAGCUGUGGAGGGAGGUGGUUGUGUGCCUGCUGGGUCAGCGUUAGGUGCACCUUGUGGCAGUGCCGUGCCCGGUUCCAAGGGCAGGAACACCAGCACUCCCAGCCUUAGCCAGGACUUCUCUGUGUUUGCAGGAAGCUAAGUAUGUACCUGCACGUUUCCCUUCUUUCCUAGACAUUUUGGAAGAGGAAAUCCUGCUCGGCCAAUGCAGCAUUGCUUUAGUGGCUGGUCUGAUGUAGUUCAGACAAGGUUCCCACCAGCUCCCUUGUUUAAUAGACCUCUUUUUUAUUAAAAACAAAACCCAAACUCCUCUCUCAGAAAAGCCAGCCAAGAUGCUCUUUUUUUUUCUCUCUUCCAUCUUGUUCCUCUUAGAGGAACUCUGGGAGCCUGUCUUGGUGCUUUCACUCUUUCACAUGCCAAAGAUUGCUACAUCCCUCUUAGUUAUGCUCCUGCCAAACCAGAUCUUAUAGUCUUGCCUCAAAAAUCAUCCACUUCCCUGCUCCUUGGGGUUCCUUUUGUUGCUGUUGCUUUUUCAUUGAAUUUCCUCAUGUUUAUUGACAUGUCUAUUGUUGAGCUUCCUGGACUCAUGCGGCUCUCUUUUUCAGAUACAGAGAAAGACAAAUAGUUGCCUUCACUGGUCUGCUCCCGCUGUUGGGGAAAUACUGCUAGCGAUAUGAUUCCUGCAGAUGGGGAUGGGUCUCAUUUAGAGCUAGGGUCAUGGAGGGUGUAAACUGGCAUUGCUCCAUUGGCUUUGCUGGAAAAAGGCCAGUUUUGUCCAGCUGAGAAUCUGUCCUUACUGUCUAAACAGUUAUUACACACUAAUAAAGAUUAAUGAUUGUAAAUCCCCGCGGAUUAUACAUAAAAUGGCAAGUUUUACUCAUUAAUCUUUAUUGCCAUAUUAUAGCUGUUUAUGUUAGAGGAGUCAUCUCUCUCUGUUCUGAACAUGCACUUAGGAGGAGGGGGCUGAGCUUGGGGCAGACGAAGGGUGGACAUAACAGACCAGAUGUCCAUGUGUUUGACAGUCUGUGUCCUCUCCCCCAAGUUGGUUGUUUCCUUGAAAGCCUUUAACCAGCAGCAAAGGAUGUAUCACAGAGCUUUGUCUGUUUCUCUGGCCUCUGGCUGAGCUAUAAAAUCCAGAUUGUUUCUGGUGAGACGGGAUCAGAUCUCCUAAUUAAUAUUUCAGCUCGGCCUUUACUGGAGCAGAUGGAUACUAUGAAAUUUGACGUGUGCUCUGGCAGGCCAGAGCUCUGCAGCAGACUGACAUUGACUCUGGACCGUGGCUGGAGGAGAUGCAUUCUGUGCUGUAUGCAGCUCUGUUGCAGGUUGAAAGAAUGCAGCUCCUUCAUGUAACCCCACGCCACAAAAGCAGUUGAUUUUGUUUUUAAGGAGGGCAAGAAAAAAAGCUCAUUUUAAUCUCAGCCUUUAUGUAUUUGUAGGUGAGCAUAGGCACAGCUAGGAGGUGGUGGCGCCAGUGGUCUGGACACAAAGGUUUGUGUGCUGUAGAAAUGAAGAGGACUCUAAAGAGAGUGUAGUAAACUGCAAGGGUGGUUUUAAUGGCAUAGGGACAAAAUAAGUCCUCUGCUAGGCAGCUGGUCUCAGUCCCCUCUGCCAAGGAAGGUCUGGAGGUGGUGGAGAAGAGUGAAGCAGACAGAGAGGAAUGGAUUUAGGGCAUGCGUUUUGUCACCUGUCCCAGAUUGCCACUGUGUCCCCACCUCUUGCAAGAGAAACAAAAUUUAAAACUCAAAAGAAAAUGGCUGGGAAAAACUGCAAGUGAACCAGUGCUUGUUGCCUGCUGCACGGCCUCGUGCACCGCUGCUUCCCCUGCCAAGCUCGUCAGUGAGGUUCCUUGGACAUAGGUGAUGGGAAAAGCUUGGGAAAUGCCUCUGUAGCUGAGAAAGAAGAGGGUAAACAUCUUAAGGUGGCUUAUAACUAGCUGAAAAAUGGGAAUAUCUAAUUUAUUGACCACAGGGGCAAGUGAAUUCUGCAGGGAGCUAUGCUGCGGGCAGCGCUGUUCCCAGGAAUGACUGGCUCGUGACAUGUAUUACACGGCCUCCUUUAGUGCACUCCUGGGUUGCUAGAAAGCUCUUAGCUUCCGUCGACCCCUUACAUCUCGCUCACUGUUACAUUUUGCAUUUUAGUGUCUGGGAUUUUACUAGCAGCCUUUUUUCUAGGCGGUUGGGCAGAGUGAAGGCAAGGGAAAGGGGCCUCCGGCCAGCUCUCGGCGGAGCGCUUUGGGAGAGGACGGCGCUGCCUGCAUCUUAUCCAGUGCCUGCCUGUGGGAAGCCGCAGCCAGGGCCUCGCUACCCUGCGGGUAUCCAGCCCAAGCGAGAGCUUCCCCGGGCUGUCGGAUUGCUCUCUGACACGCUCUCAUGCUUCGCUGCCAUCCCAUUAAAAAUCCCUUCCUGGAAGCAGAGCAGCUCCGGGGUUGCAGCAGCCUCGCGGCAUGGCGGCUCACCCUUGCCGGCAGCCAGGCUGCGGGCCGGGCAGCGUUUUCUUCCUCGAAAGGCUCUUGGGUUUCUCUAAACGAUGGGGCACGACUCCAGUGGCUGCGAAGUGCCGCGAGGAUAAGCUGGGAAAUGCUUGGAAGCGUCUUAAGUGCGCUGGAAAUAGAGAUGGAAAUCUCAAAAGAUCAGACGGCUUUCGGCAAUUUCCAAAGCUGUGUGGUUUUAGCCAGACCUGAAAACCCUUCCUAGAAGUUUAUUUCAGGGUAUUUUGGUAUGUUACUUUCGCUUUUGGGCCCAGCUAAAUCCAGGAAGCUCAGAAUAGUGUAAUUUUAAAAUAAAGGAUAAACACACCCGCCCCAAGUAUUGCUGAACCGAUCAGGAAGGUUCGUGUUUGGUUUUUCAUACAGGGCGAAUUCAGGCCAGCUCAGGGUUUAUCCUAAUUCAUUUUCAUUUUGCCUCAGAUUUUUAUUCUUUUUGAGAAAACAGGAGAUCAGUCUGUGGUGUUUCUGAAACGCCUUGACCCAUCACGCAAGGGUGCGAACCACGUUGUGCCAGAACGCGGAUGGAGAUAAGUGCUACGGCAAGAGGUGGCCAACUCUGAGAGAUGGAAAGCAGUCUGGCAGCAAGCGUGCCCACAGCCUCCAAAAAUGUAGGGAGAUCGAUUUUCCCCACGGUUGCGUGUGAUGGAGGUAUUGGGGUCUGCCACGUCUCCUUUUGCUGUCUGUUUGUUUCUCUAGUUAAGAGCUUUCAGCCGUCUCGAGGUGUCCAGGAACAAUAGCUGAAAGUCUUCAGUAUUUCUCAGCCCAGUUGUAUGCUGUUUUUGUUUUUUUUUUUUUUUUUUUUUUUUUUCAGGAAGGGUAUGGUGUGAAGAGUCAGAAAGGACCAGGUGUCCUUGAUUUAGGCAGCCAGAGGGAAGAGAUGUAGAUUAAGUGCCUUGUAAGAGCCAAAAAGGUGUGUUUAAAGAUAAAUUACAGCCUGCACUGUAGCUGUUAAGUCAGGAUCGAAUUUUCACGUCUACAGGUGCAGCUGCAGAGCUCCCCAUCCACAUUUUGCCCAGAGUUAGUCAUGAGUCUUCCAUAAAUAUCUGAUAACACAGCCCAUGCUGUGCGGUGGUCUUAACUGAAAUCGGGGCUCUACAGGCAGAAAAAAGCCCGGUACAAAGUACAGCAUCACCAAACCCAGGAUGUAGCUCUGAAAUUCCCCAUAAGUCUAGGUAUGUAGUGCAUUUCCAGAGCUCUGCCACCGUUUCUCUUUCUCCAUAAUGGUGAAUCAAGUGACUUGUGUUUGGUGACGGCUGUCACCGUGCCAGCGGGGCUGCUGGAAAUCGUCACAACAUGCAAAACGGUGGGAAUUUGGCAUUUGUUUUUCAAUAGCAAUACACUGGGGGGAAGCUGCUACAUGUAGCGUCUUGCAAACUGGGGAUAUGCUGGAGUAAAACUUGUCAUUUCUCACAGAAAAAAAAAUAGCUGCCUAAAAAUGUCCAAAAUCUUCAAUUUAAGGACUGACAGUUUUAUUCGUGAAGAUCCAUGUUUGGCAUCAAAAUAUAUGAAAUUUCUAGAGUUUCUGUCUCUCUGCGUGUGAAAUGUGCUUUCUUGCAAUGGUGGGAAAUAUGUAACAAGGAUAUUUCUAUGUACUUUCACUAAAAAAAUAAAAAAUAACUGAGCUGAAUGGAAAAGCAACCACUUCCCAGUGGUCUGCUGGUGUUGAAGAGGACAAAGGCAAAGCAGCUGUGCUUUGAACACAUUAAAAAGAGAAAACUUCCAACCUACUGUAGUGCAAGUCUAUUUUGUUUUGUUUUAUUUUAUUUUAUUUUAUUUUAUUUAUUUUAUUUUAUUUUAUUUUAUUUAUUUUAUUUUAUUUUAUUUUUAUUUUUAUUUUUAUUUUAUUAUUUUUGGGGUGUUUCUUUUUCUUCUUCUUUUUUUUUUUUUUUUUUUUUUUUCUGUACCAUCCUUUAUUUCAUAACUGUGAAAGUCUCUGCUUUUCCUUACAUCUGGAAAGCUGAUUAUUCUUUCUCAUGUUCUUAUUAUUUAUUAUUUAUCCAUUCCUGGUACUACCCAAGAUGUGCUGAAGGUAUCUCCCAGCCUGCCCUCGAGCUAUAUUGAAUCGCUCUCGUAUCUCCUGACAGCUGGGAUAGUAAGUGUCAGUAGAUGGCUAAUUAUUAUUUUAAAUUAUAUAUAGAGCAGUUCAGAUUUUCUUUUAGUGACCCAGUUUGCUCUGGAAUUGGAGAUGGAGAUAAGCAAGCUUUUUUUUUUUUUAAAAAAAUAUUUUUUCCACUUAUUCUUUAAAUGUCUUGGGGUAUUCUGAAUAAGCCUACUCACUUUUUUGGUGUUGUUUUUAAUAAGAAAAACACCGGUCGGGUUGUAGUUGUUCCUUCAGGAGGGCAUUGACUAGCAUCAGGGUCAGUUUAGCUGCCAUGAAUGCUCAGUGCCGCGGCUUCGUUAACCAGCAGCGCACUGGAAUUCCAAGAAAAGGAUCGUUUUCUACCUGAGGAAUAACACCUGGCUUGUGAUGGCCUGGGUUUGUCCGAGUCUCAUCAGAAAAAAGCCUGGAGUUUUGUGUUAGCCCUCGAGGCAGUGAGGCGCUGAGGCCUGCCUCUGGCCAAACACCUGCCCUUGUGAGGAGGCCGCGAGUCCUGCCCAUGAGAGGCUGUGCUUGCUCUGUAGGAGACAAAAUCCUGUAUGUAUGCCCUGCGUGAGUCUGUAAAGACUGGCAUCUCACAAAUACGUGCUUUUUGUUCUUUUCCUCCCGUCCCCCCUCUUCGCAAAGGUGCCUUGCUGCUCUGCUGCUUCCAAAGCCUCCCCGGCCUUGCUGUGGUGCAUCUGUUUUCUAACAGCUUGCAUUGGUUUUCUGGUUUGUUUUUUCUUCCCCCUAUGUAUAAGAAACGUUGGGUAGCAGAAUGUGGAAUUCAUUAGAAGUUCAUAAAGCAGGGACCUCAGAAGGAUGUGGGUAUAAAUGCUUUUCAGGCAUCUGAGGUGAACUUUAAAUGGAGCUUUGGCCCUCAUUUGCUUUCUGCUUUUCAAAUACCAUUUAUGAGAAAGUGGAGCUGUCAAAGCCACGCAUGAACUUUGCCUUCUUGCGAAUAACUUGUCUCAAAGUAAAUUGUCAAAAUGCACCAGGAACUCGUCUCAAAGUAAAUCCGGUAGCUCUCCAAGGCUGGAAGCGUGCGUGCGUUGGGGGUGUGUGUGUGUGCAGGGGUGGGUGCCGCGAGCAGCUGCCAUUUUGGAGAUUUAAAAAACACAAUGCGAGUGUUUUCAAAAAGGGCAAUGUAAAAUAUUUAUUUCUUGGCAAAAGCACAUCAGACCACAUCUCCCAUCCUUCUUUUAAUUGCUUCAUGUUUGUUUUUGUUGUCUAAGUCUUUGCUGGCCUGCUUCCUCCGCAGUGCUCGCUGCUGCUCGGCAGCCCGUCACCUCACACAACCCCUCUGGCUGCGAGGGAGUGCGUGGCACGGGGCAGCUCGCCGGAGCUCAUGAGAAUCAAAAGUGUCCCCAUCCGAAUGCCAGACCCUAAAUCAUAGCUUUGGGUGAGGGUGGGUGGGGAUAGGAAGCUUUGAGUCCCCACACUUCUCGCCCUGGCUUGGCCAGCACUGGUGAACACAUGCUGGGGGUUUACUGAGCAGAAAGCAGGUGCUGUCGUCUUUGUGAGAUCACACCUGGGUUCUCCCCAGUGCCGAAUGAGGUUUGCAGUCAGGCAAAACUGCACGUUGGAGGCAGGCAAAACUUCCCAUGGGAGGCAGGCAGGCACUGCAGAGCCCCCGGGUGCCCCCAUGCUCCAGAGCGCAUCGGUGGUCCCCCGGCUGCUGGCCCCUACAGCUUCACGUCCGUGCUCUCUGAAGCACUUCUCCUAACCUGUGUUGUCUUCAUUCAUCUCAAAGCUGUUCCUCGUACUAUGAAGAUGAUAAAUAGUAGGAAACUGACAGUAGGACCAUGUGCGUAACAUUAGAUAGGCUUUUAUUUAAUGUUGUUGUUUUAAUAAGAUGCUUUUAGGAUCCGUGUUGUACUGGAUUAAGAACAUUGGUGGAACAAUUGAACUGGUAUUCUUUAACCCUGGCUGCCCCAGGACCUUUCCCUCUGCCCUCUUCAUUUGGAAAAAAAAAAAAGUAAAGAUUGGGAGAAUAUAUUUAACU